GUACCGUUUAGUCAUGUUUGUCUAAAUAAACAUCAGAAUUGACGUUCUCGUCGGAGCUCCUGUGUUAUAAGAGUUUAAGUUGUUUCUAUGAGUAAGUCUGUGUGAAGUAAAGGUCGGUGUCGUUGGGUCAAAAUGUCUAGAGUAGAAACGCUGAGAGUUUUUGUCACCCAGAGACUGACUACUGCUGCUGAAGAGAUAUUUGGACUGUUUGAGAGAACGAUAGCAGAAUACGAGGAGCAACUUUGUCGGUUUAAAGAGGAACAGACGCGAAAACAGGAACUACAGGACCAUGUUUUGAACCCUCCGCUUCUCUCACACAGAGCAGACCUCCAGCAGCUUUCAGGUAAGGAAGAGGAUCCCUCUGAACAACAGGAGUGGAGCUCCACUCUGGACCAGGGGGGCAUCAAGCCUCCACAUAUUAAAGAGGAGGAGGAGGAACUGUGGAGCAGUCAGGAUGGACUGGAAGAAGUUUUUACCACAAAGUUCCCUUUCACUUCUGUCCCUGUGAAGACAGAAGACGAUGGAGAUAAAACUCAGUCCUCACAGCUUCACGAACUACAAACUGCUCUGAUGGAAACAGGAGCUGAUGGAGAGGACUGUGGAGGGCCACAACCGGCCAGGAAGUCUGAUCCAAAGAAAGAUUUACAAACGGAGAUUGAAAUCAAGACUGAAGACUCUUAUGAAGUUGAACUGGAGAUCAGCGAUGAUUGGAGGGAGAUGAGAGAACAUCAGACAGGUUUUAACUCUUUGGAGGGCUAUGAUGCUGAGAGAUCAGAUAGUGACAAAACAUCGCAUAGCUCCUCUGAGUGCAGUGCAACUGUCAAAACAAAUCAGGAUUUAAGACAAGAUAUGAGAAUUAACAAAAGAGAAAAAUACUUCAGCUGCUCAGAGUGUGGUAAAAGAUUUAAAUUUAAGUCAAAUCUGAUUCAACACACAUUUGUUCACACAGGGGAGAAGCCCUUCAGCUGCACUGAGUGUGGUAAAAGAUUCAACCAAAGGUAUAAUCUAAGCAGGCACAUGUUAAGUCACACAGAAGAAAAACCCUUCAGCUGCUCCGAGUGUGAUCGAAAAUUCAGUCGCAAAGGAUGUCUGCUUACACACAUGAAUAUUCACAAAGAUAAGAAACCCUUCAGUUGCUCGAACUGUGGUAAAAGAUUUUAUAGCAGGACUCAUCUGAACUCUCAUAUGAUUGUGCACACGGGAGAGAAACCCUUCAGCUGCUCUGUGUGUAACAAAAGAUUCAAUCAAAAGUCUAAUAUGACCACACACAUGGUGAUUCACUCUGCAGAGAAACCCUUCAGCUGCUCUGAGUGUGACAAAAGAUUCAAUCAGAAGUCUCACCUCCUCUCACACAUGUUAGUUCACACUAAAGAGAAACGCUACAGAUGUAAGGUUUGUGGUCAAAGAUUUUCACAAAGUAUAGAGGUCAAAAGACACGAGUGUCCAGGUAAACAGGCUUCUGAAAAUGAAACGACAACUAAUGAGGCAGUCAGUGUGACGUAAACUAGGCAUGAGUGCCAUUUGAAAGUCCUAAAAAUGACUCCUUAAGUCCAUUCCUUUACACUUUUCUUUGACCUCACUGAAAAACUUCACAGGGUCAAGGAAAGGUGUGAAUAAGAAGAAAGGAAUAGAGAACUGUAAUAAUAAGGAUAAGGGAACCCAGCUGCCCUUGCCCUUUUUGGAUGCGACAAAAUACACUGCUCAAAAAAAUAAAGGGAACACAUAAUCAUCACAAUAUAACUCAAAGUCAAUCACACCUCCGGGAUAUCAGCCUGUCCAGUUUGGAAGCAAGACGCAGACCAUUUCCCUCUCCUCAUCCUUUCUUUCUAGUUGAUUUUUCCAUUGCCUUCAGCACUAGUGGUAGCAUGAGGUGGUAUCUGCAAUCCACUGAAGAUGCUCAGGUAGUACAGCUCAUCCAGAAUGGCAUAUCCAUGUGUGGCGUGGUAAAGUUUGAUGUGUCUCCCAGCGCACUGUCAAGACCAUGGAGGAGAUACCAGGAGACAUGGAGGGGGGGCCUUAGGAGGGCAACAACCCAGCAGUGGGACCUCUGUCUGCUCCUUUGUGCAAGGGGGAACAGGAGGAGCACUGCCAGAGCCCUACGAAAUGAUCUCAAGCAGGCCACCAAUGUGUAUGUUUCUGCUCAAACUGUCAGAAACAGACUCAGUGAGGAUGAUAUGAGGGCCCGACGUUCACAAGUGGGGCCUGUGCUCACAGCUCAGCACUGUGCAGCCCAGUUGGCAUUUGCCAGAGAACACCAGAACUGGCAGAUUCACCAAUGGCGCCCUAUGCUCUUCACAGAUGAGAGCAGGUUCACACUGAGCACAUGUGACAGACGUGAGAGAGUCUGGAGAUGCAGUGGAGAACAUUCUGCUGCCUGCAACAUCUUCCAGCAUGACAGGUUUGGCAGCGGAUCAGUGAUGGUCUGGGGAGGCAUAUCCUUGGAGGCCCGCACAGAUCUCCAUGUACCAGCCAGAGAUACCCUGACUGCCAUGAGGUACUGGGAUGAGGUCCUCAGACCAACUGUCAGACCACCACGCUGGUGCAGUGGGCCCUGGGUUCCACCUGAUGUAUGACAAUGCUCGACCUCAUGUGGCUGGAGUGUGUCAGCAGUUCCUGCAUGACGAGGCAUUGAUGCGAUGGACUGGCCUGGACGAUCACCUGUCCUGAAUCCAAUUGAGCACCUCUUGGACAUCAUGUCUCGUUCCAGCCACCACUGCCACAUUGCACCACGGACUGUCCAGGAGGCAACUGAUGCCCUGAUCCAGGUCUGGGAGGAGAUCCCGUCUGUCGCCUCAUCAGGAGCAUGCCCAGACGUUUGUAGGG